AUGAGCCGUAAACAUCGGAAUCACAAACUUGAAGAACAAAUUACUCAUCAAAAAAAUGCUUCAGAAUUAAAUUUAGAAUGUCAACAACUGAUUGAUCAAGAUAUGGAAAUUGUAGCAAAACAAGCAUUACGAAACAAUAAAACUUUCACCACAUUAAAUUUAUCAAUGAAUCAAAUUGGAGAAAAAGGAAUGCAAUAUCUCGUCGAUGUUUUACGAACGAAUACGACAUUAACUACAUUGGAUCUUUCCAAUAAUCAAAUUGGAGAUAAUGGUGUACAAUAUCUUGUUGAUGCCUUAUUAAAUAACUCGACACUUACGAAAAUGAAUCUUGUUGACAAUCAAAUCAGUUCUACUGGAGCAAAAUCUCUUGCUGAUCUCAUACGAACUAACAAAAAACUCAAUAAUCUUGAAUUUUAUAAUAAUCUAAUUGGUGAUGCUGGUGCUCAACAUUUAGCAAUUGCUUUACAAAAUAAUACAACACUUCCUACAAUAGAUCUCUCUAACAAUCAAAUUGGUGAUCUUGGUGCACAAUAUUUCGCUGAUGUCUUACGAAAUAAUAAAACACUCACAACUUUGAAUAUAAUCGACAACCAUGUCGGUGAUAUUGGUGUACAACAUCUUGCCGAUGCUUUGAAAAAUAAUACUACACUUAUUACAUUAGAUCUUUCAGUCAAUUCAAUUGGAACUGUUGGAGCACAACAUUUGGCGGAGACAUUACGAGAUAAUAAAAGCUUAACCAAACUUAUCCUUAAACAUAAUAAUAUAGGUGAUACUGGAACACAACAUCUCACUGAUGCUUUACGAACUAACAAAACUCUUAAAAUAUUGGAUCUUCAAUACAAUGGUAUUACAGCAGUUGGAGCACAAUAUUUUAUUGAUAUUUUACAACAGAAUACGACACUCAGUACAUUAGACCUUCAAUAUAAUAAAAUUGCAGACAAUGUCAUACAGAAGACGAAUGAUUUACUUAAAAAACAUGAUGGAGAAAAUAAGAAAAAUGAUUCAAAUUCAUUAAUCAUGACAUGUACUAUGUUACUUUAA